AGUUGUCGUAAUGAAUCAAAUGUGGAUAUCUGCACUUUUGUGAAGAAUGCGACCGUCAUAACUUCAUUUCUGCAGGACUUAUUAUUAUUAUUUCAUGAUAAAUGUGUUGUUGGCUCAUCGCCGACGGACUUUUCAUUGAUAAGGAUGCUUUGCUUUUGACAUUUGGUGAACUUUCAUGAGCGGAUGUGCACGAGAACAUAAACAGAUAUUGUUUUAUUCAGCAUGUCCCGGAGGAAACAAGCCAAACCACAGUAUGUUCUCACCGAUCAUACAACGGAGAACUUCCUCUCUGCAUCCUGCGAUGUCUAUAUCUGUCAACGAUGCUGUGCUGAAUUUGCCGAUGUGACAGACCUCCAUCAACAUCAGAAAAACUGUUUAAAAGAUCAGUUAGUUCUGAUAGUAAGUCCAGACUCUCCACCUUCAUCCUUCACAUUUAAUGCAUUUCACUUCAAUAACGAAGAGAAACUGAACGGUGUGACAAAUAACAGUGAUACGGAGGAACUUGGUGACCUUUCAAGUGCUGAAAAAUCAUUAGAAAUGAACAAAUCCUUAGAUGAAAUAGACAACAGCAAUAUUGAAUUUGCUGAAAGUUCCCAUAUACAUCUUGAUGGAAACGAAGAUGCUGAUGACUUUAGCUCAUCUUACUCACCAUUCCUAUCUCAAGAGGGUUCCUUACUGGAGUUGUGUAAAUUAUCAACUAUUAAUAGCAAUGUCUUCAUUGAAAACCUAGAAAACACCAAAGUUGCCGUGGCUCAGUUUUCGCAGGAAAAAAGUUUAAAGGCAAGCUGCAGGAAUGCUAGCAGCAGCAAAAUGGCCGCCUCUGGUUUGAUCGAACAACUGUUUGCUCUACAGAAGCAACAAGUUCAGCAGCUCAAACUAAUUGAAGAAAUUCAACAGCAGAUAUUACUAUUAGCAGCCCAAAAUACUGAUACGCCGAUGGCCGGUUCACUGAUAAAACUCAGUUCAAACCUAUCUGAGCAACUAGCAGCUGCUAAGCUAGCGGAAGACCUAGCAAACCCACCUGCUAAUGCUAAACAGUCCAAUUAUGUUUCACAGAGCAGUCAAGAAGACUCAAAGAGUGAUAAGGAAAACUCUGAAGUGACUGACAACAUUAGAAGCAACUCUUUGCCUGUGAAAUUUGGUGGGGAUUUAUGUAACCAAUCUUUUCACAAUAACACAGUCGCUGAAAACGGUAGUUUGAAGCAGCAGUCUCCAUCUGCAGAUUUUGUUAUAAACAAACUUGACACGCCUCAUAAACAAAAUGAUAUUAAUAUGUGUGCAGACAGCUUGCCAAGUAUAGGUGCAAUUGUGGAGGACUUGAAUGCUUUGACUGCACAAGCCCAGCAGAGGAAAGGCAAACCACUUAACUUGACUUUUUUCGAUCACAUGAAGAGGCCAUCUGAAGAUUGUAUACUCAAGCACAAAUGCAGGUUCUGUGCCAAAGUAUUUGGAAGUGACAGCGCUUUGCAGAUACACCUGAGGUCUCACACUGGAGAGCGACCUUACAAAUGCAACAUAUGUGGAAAUCGAUUUUCCACACGUGGGAAUCUCAAAGUCCACUUCCAGCGUCAUAAAGACAAGUAUCCUAACAUACAAAUGAAUCCAUAUCCAGUUCCAGAGCACUUGGAUAACAUCCCAACUAGCACAGGUAUUCCAUAUGGCAUGUCUCCGCUUCCUGAGAAGACCUCCCCCAGCUUGGUGGAUGUUAAACAUUUAGCAGCCAACUCAAUUGGCUGUAUGCUUCAAUCAUCUGUGCAGAGUCUUUCUCCCAUUAAAAAAGAGGAGCAAGGGGUAUCAAUUAUCAAACCUCAAAAUCCUGGUCCCAGUGAGAGACAUAAUGGGUAUCAGAAUGUUCCUCCCUUGAUUUCCAAUGAGAAAUUUCAAGAAGCCUUGAGUCUUGCUAACUUUACCACAGUGGACAGUUCAAGAAACCAAAUUGCUAUAAAGAACUCAGUAGAUUCAACAACUGAACUAAAGUUUGAAACCAAACUUUUUAGGAGACUUCCAGAUCCCCCAGGAGCUUCAGAGACUUUGAAGCUGGAGCAGUUGGUGGAGAAAAUUGAAAAGAAGUCCUCUGAUCCCAAUGAGUGUGUCAUCUGCCAUCGGAUUCUUAGUUGUCAAAGUGCUCUCAAAAUGCAUUACCGCACACAUACAGGUGAGAGGCCGUUCAAAUGUAGAGUGUGUGGACGGGCUUUUACUACCAAGGGCAACCUAAAGACCCACUACAGUAUUCAUCGUUCCAUGCCACUCCUUACAAUACAGCACUCAUGCCCUAUAUGCCAAGAGAAGUUUACGAAUGCAAUAGCCCUACAGCAGCAUAUUCACAUGCAUAUGGGUGGUCACAUCCCUAACGUCCCACUUCAUGACAGCCACUCUAAGGACCAGGAUGCUGACUCAGUAGAUAAUAAGAACUUGAAAGUUGACUACAUGGAGGUUGUAGACGCUGCUUCGGAUUGUAAGUACCCAGACUCAUUACCUGACAGUUUAAGAUCGUCUCCUUCUUCUUCUUCUUCUGAGAUUACCAGGACGACUGGAUUAGAGGGUCAGCUUUUAAAUAGUUUAUCAAACGGUGGCUUUACUAUGCAGAACGGAUCAAUGCAUAGAGACUGCUUAACCCAGAAAUCAUUGUCAUUAGAUGGGGAUUAUGAGAGUCACAGUUCAGCCAACAUUGAGACAGGAAAAAUCUGGAAGACUUCCUCUCCGAAUAGCUUUACUCUUGAAAAACACGAAUACUUUGCAUCUUCAUCAUCUGAAUCAAAUAGCUCAACCAUUUCACAACCUAGGUUACUUGAUGGAACAACUGGAGACAUCUCAAAAGAUAGCAUGACCAUGAUAUUUUCAAUUGGUGAGCAGGGAACCUUGAAAAUCAAUGUUUGCGAUGUUUGCAACAAGACGUUUGCCUGUCAAAGUGCUUUGGAUAUUCACUAUCGAAGUCACACCAAAGAACGUCCAUAUAUCUGUAGUGCAUGCGAUAGAGGGUUCUCAACCAAAGGUAACCUUAAACAGCACAUGUUAACCCAUCAGAUAAAAGACUUUGAGCCAGCAAAUCUGAUUUUUCCACCUAACCAGUUUCUAACGUUGGUGGAACCGGUCAUUCCCUCAAAAAGAACCGGACUCAACUGCUUCGUUCGGAAAGACUCCACAGCGGGUGUAGUCAAAUCCUCAGCUUCCACGCUACCUGUACUCUCCACAGGAGCACCACUUCGGCGAUCAGCUAAACAGCACUUCUGCCACACCUGUGGAAAGAGCUUCUCUUCCUCAAGUGCUCUUCAGAUUCACGAGAGGACCCACACUGGUGAGAAACCAUUUGCCUGCAACAUAUGUGGACGGGCAUUUACCACUAAAGGAAAUUUGAAGGUUCAUAUGGGAACUCACAUGUGGAGCAGCUCUUCAGCCAGACGGGGUCGUCGACUGUCGGUUGAUGGUGGAUUUCAUAGAUCUAAUACUGAUAGAUUUCAAGACACUCCCCCAAAAGAUGUGGUAAGAGUGAAUAGUGAGGACUCCGCGGGCAUCUGGAGUCAUUUUGCCUCUUUUACCCCUGGUUUGGCUUUGAGAGCAAACGACAUACCUGUCAUUCAAAAUGGUGUCAUGCCUCACUUGUCAAUAUCUGCCGUGCAUCUUGAAAGCUUUGAAAAAUUGCAACUUAACAGAGCUUUACCUUGGUUGGAGAGAUUGGGUGAAAACGGUGCAACCAGCAUUUGAUCCAGGACAAUUAAACAGCAAUGACAGAUUAAAUACAUGCAAAUAUGAUGCAUUUCAUAGUUUCACAUUUUUUGAGCAAGGGUAUCCUACAGUAAGUGACAUUAUUAAAAUGUAUACCACAUGGCUCAUGAAUGCUUCAUUCUGAUUCUGAUUAGUUGAGAAAUGUCAACAGGUACGCAUCAUUUCUCGAUAAACGGCCUAACCUGAAAAAAGUCUUAAAAUAAACACCAGGGGCCUCAUUUAUAAAGCGUGCGUACGCACAAAACAAAGGUUGUGAUUUAUAAAAAAAAAAACUUGAUGGAAGAAUGAACUUGCAGGGUGGGAUAUGAGGAUGAUUCAUGUAUGCACACUUGCAGGUGAUCUGUGAUUUAUAAAGGGAACAUUGCUUUGUUUUAAAAGUCUUAAUAUUUUUGGCGUAUGAUAUUUUUGCCUUUUGUGCAUACGUAGACUUUUAGUAAGGAUCCUACAUUUUAUAAAUGAGGCCCCAGAGCAAUGUAUUUGGUUACUAUGGUAUAAGCGCAAUAAUUGAUGACGGGCCAUUGAAUUAUAAGAAAAUAAUGCACACCCAAGGUGGGAGUGCCGUUAUUUUCAAAUAAUUCAAAGGAAUUUUUAUUCCUCUUAUACCACGGUUACCACAAUAAAAUAGAAAAAUAACCAACCUCCACAGAACAAUUUUCAGCCAAUCAGAAUACAGCAUUCAACAGCCGUGGUAAAAUUGAAAAUAAUGCACACUAUGCUUUGCGUCAUGCCGUAUUACCACCUUGAGUGUGCAUUAUUUUCUAACAAUCGUCAAUUAUUCCUUACAUAAUAUGGUGUGUAAUAUUGCCUAAAGUAGUAUGAGCUGUAUUGAUUGUAUUGUGUUAAGGGGAUACUCGCCUUUACCCAAAAAUUAACAUUUUGUCAUCAUUUACCCAAUCUCAAGUUGUUACAAACCUGUAUACAUUUUUUGUUCUGCUGAACACAAAGGAAGAUAUUUUAAGCAAUGUUUGUAACCAAACAAUUUUGGGGCACCAUUGACUGAUUGUAUUUUUUUCCCGUUGUGGAAGUCAAUGGUGCUCCAAAACUGCUUGAUUACAAACAUUUCUCAAAAUAUCUUCUUUUGUGUUCAGAAAAUGUAUACAGUAAAUGAUGACAUGAUUUUUACAUUUUUGGGUGAACUAUCCCUUUAAAGGCGGGGUGCAUGAUUUUUGAAAAACACUCAGCAGUAAGAGGCGUGUCUACUAACAGAUAUCGUUGCCUGGGUUGCGUAUGUGUGGGGCGGGCUUAUCCAAUGAAGGUCCAGAUUUUAUUGGGGUUGGGGUGUGUUUGUUUACAUUUUACAUUUUGUAGGUGAUUUCAAAUGUCAACACUGGCUUUCAGAAAUCAUGCACCCCACCUUUAAAGGUGCAGUGUGUAAUUUUUAAAAGGAUCUCUUGACCGAAAUUCAAAAUAUGUUAUUAUUAUUAUUAUUAUUAUAUUAUUAAAAUAUUACUUUUAUUACCUUAGAAUGAGAUGUUUUUAUCUACAUACACCGAGGGUCCCCUUACAUGGAAGUCGCCAUUUUGUGCUGCCAUGUUUCUACAGAAGCCCUUAAAAAAACAUUUUUUUUACUAAGUUGUCUCCGACGAUGACAUGUUUGUUCGGUGGCGGCUACCGUAGCCUCUCUAUGUGUUUCAAAAGUGAGGGGUGAGCAGUGGACUGAGCCGUUGGUUGCAAUUCGCAACCUCACCACUAGAUGCUGCUAAAAUUUACACACUGCACCUUUAAGGCUUUUUUGUACUUUUAUAAAGUAUUGUUAAUAUGCAGCUACAGUCUAUCAUUUGGAAAUUGAAGUAUUUAGAAGUAUUCAUUCACUGCAAACAUUUGCGCAAUGUUUGAUUUUAAUAUGUUUUGAAGUAAUAUCAUGAUGAGAUGAAAAAUAUCUCCAUCAAACUAUUUAUCCCUCUGUAAUUUAUAUUAAUAACAAGUGUGUGCUUUGUUAUACUUGUGUACAAUGUAAAACAGUAAAGGUGAACACUAAACCAUACUUAAAGUAUUUAUUUUUUACAUUUUGCAAACAUACACUGUACCUUUAUAUUCUUACAUUGGCGAAACAAAUACGUAUGUAUAGAUUGUGCUUUAGCAAAUGCAUUUUUAUUUUGAUUAAAAUCAAAGUGAAUUU